UUGGGAUCUCGCUGACAUGGACAAAGAUGGAAGCCUGGAUAGGCAUGAGUUUGUUGUGGCAAUGCAUUUGGUGUACAAAGCCUUGGAGAAAUAUGCAAUUCCGAACAGUGUUCCUCCAGAACUUCUGCCCCCAGGGAAGAGGAAAGACCCUCUCCCUCCAGCCCCUGUCCGUGCUGCCCCGGCCCCCAUCAUUCCAAUAGCUCCUGUUAUUAAACCUGAGCCAGUUAAGCCGCCUGUGCCACCACUGCCACAAACACCGUGGGUUGUGACAGCCGAGGAGAGAGCUAGGUAUGAUGUGCUGUUCCACCAGACAGAUGUGGACAAGGACGGCUUUGUGUCCGGACAUGAGAUCAGAGAUGUAUUCCUGCAGUCCGGAGUACCUCAGGGAGUUUUGGCACAAAUAUGGGGCCUAUGUGACAUGAAGCAGACAGGAAAGCUGAAUGGAGAGCAGUUUGCACUGGCCAUGUGGCUGAUCAACCAGAAGCUAAAGGGGAAAGAGCCCCCACCUGCCCUCACCCCCGAGAUGAUACCACCCAGCGUUCGGAGUAAGGGCCCCGAGACAGUGGAAAACAACAACACAACGCCAUAUUCCAACCCUGAGCUAGAUAUGAUCAGCAAAGACAUUGAGGAGUUGGUACGUGAGAAGUUAACUCUAGAAAACGAAAUCAUACAAAAAGAAGCUGAUAUUAAGAUAAAAAAUGGAGAAGUUAAAAGUUUACAGGGUGAACUAGAUACUUUGGCUGCUACACUGAAACAGUUGGAAACACAAAAAGGAGAGGCUCAAAAAAAGGCUCUGAACGAUUUAAAAAAUCAGACAGCCUUGGUUGAGUCUGAACUCAGUGAUGUCAAGAUGGAGUUGGAAGCUGAGCAAGCACAGGUUGACAAUUUAAGGAGGCAGGCGGAGGAGCAAGAGAGUAAUUUAAAAUCUCAAGAAGAAGAGUUGACGAACAAAAAACAAGAACUGGAGGGGCUAAGACAAGAAGAGACGAGAUUAGAACAACAACAAGAGGAGUUUCGCCAAAAACUGGACACACUUAGUCAAAAUCUUCAAGAAUCCCAACUACAAAUCAGUCAGGUGAAGGCCAGCAUUACACAGUUAGAGGAGCAUCAGAGACAGAUGAAGGACGCAAUAGCCUUAGCAGAGAGUGCAGCCUCUAGUGGGGAUGCUUCGUCAGUGCCUGACACCUGCCUUAAUCUGCAGCCUGAGUUUCGAGACCCUGCCUACUCGAGACUUGUGGCAGAUCAGUUACAAGAAUCAGACAAAGAGCCAUACACAAAUGGUCCUACAGAUAGUGGUGGGGACAAUUUCAUGAACAAUAACGCAUUCGGUAAUGAUCCGUUUUCAAAUCCUACCUCUAAACCACAAGAUCCUUUUGCAGCCAACGACAGUUUUGUAGCGGAUUUCGGUUCAAAGCCUGUGGAUUCUUUUACAUCAGAUCCUUUUGCUAACGCGUUUGGCUCAAGUAUAUCAGGCAGUGGCAGUAAAGCAGAUCCUUUUGAUCCUUUUGGUGAUGGAAGCCGGAACAGGCCUAAAACACCCCCGGAAGAAAACACAGAUAAAGAUCCAUUUGGUUGCGAUCCCUUUGCCGUCUUACAUGCCCCCACAGCUGCGUCUGGACCUCCUCCACGGCCAGAGUCUCCCAGUCCUGCCCUCCCACCCAAGAAGAGCAAGCAGCCUCCACCUCGGCCAGCCCCACCACGUCCCUUGCAGCCCCCUACCCCUAGCCCCACCCCGGCUGACACCUCUGACCCUUUUGCUGCCAACAGUGGGUUUGCUGACUUCUCUAACUUCAACAGCAAGGAGCUCAGCCUUAGGAAAGAAUGAUGAUAAACAACAUCAGUGGAAGUCAUGUGAAAUACAGGGUGAGGAUGUCGCACACCAACAUUGCUUCAGUGCAUGAUUAGGUGGAGGAACUGCUGUUGAGACACUGUUGUUUAAUUACUCAAUUAACCGCAAGGGUUAUAAUGCAAGGUGUUACAAAGAGUAACUUAAAUCCCAUCUCAGAUUAUACCUGGUUUGCAGAAAUUUUGUUCUAGAACUCGGUUUGAGAAUAAAAUUGUCGUUAAAGAUAGGUUCAUAGUGUUUGGUACAUAGCUCAGUUUUCUUAAGGAAAUGAGGAAAAUUUCAUCCUUGUAGCUUAAAACAAUUCUGUGUAUGCUGUUAUAACAAAUAUAAAGUGUGAUAAAUACAAGUGAAAAA